CUCACGAGGUAUGUGACAAACACUCGUUUUUGUUUACUCUAAAUCCUUCAUAAAGUAAUAUUAUGCCUUCCGAAUGAAAAACCCAGCUCUCUGUUAUUUACAUGUGCUCCCUUUUCGGAUGUGUUUCCUUAAAAUGCUAACAAAACCUUCUGGAGUGCAUUGUUUUAUUUACACAUAAAAACUAGCUUUUGUGUUUGCUCCCUGUAUUGUUAACUAUGAGUCUAUGUCGCACUCACACAAACACACACUAAAACAAACAAACAAACAGUGAGUAGUGCUUUUACUUGCUUGCAUGUGCAGCUCUGGCAUGCUAACACACUGUUACCCAAUGAGCAGCUUUUGUAACUUGUUUGCUUUACUCUACAAGUCUUAGCACGUAGUUCCUUCCUAGUGAGAAAACUGAGUCUGUUUGCAGGUAAACCUUUUAUCAGAAAGUAUCAGGUACUAAUUUGACCUUUGCAUUGUAAUAAAAACAGAAAACCCAACACAAUUUAGUGCUAAAAUAAACCACAUGGCAUUAUGCUCCACUUUAACUGCAGUCUAAUAAUUGUAGGGUUUUGGACUGCCUGUCAGUAAAUUACAUGUUUUAAUCAUUUUUACACCAAAAAGAUGUAUUGGUUAGGUGUACAAAUGUAUUCAUAAUUGUUGUUAUUUUAUCCCUACUUGCUUAUUUGAAGAGUGUCAAUAUUGCUUCCAAAGUAAAUGACACAUCUGUGUUCUGAUGUCAACAGCUGCAGUGUCAAAGCAGUCUGACAACAUUGUUAUCUUUUCAGGUUAACAAUGACACCAGACUCAGCCGCUGUCAGAAAAUGAAUGGGGCGAAGGUCAACAUUUUCUCUUGCGUGCAAAUGGAAGCAUGUAGCAGUUUAACUGCCCUGCCGUCACCGUUUCAGUAUUCGUCUGGCAUGCAGAGGCAGAAAAGUUGAGUGAGGGGGGCCGUUUCAAUUAAGAAACUCUGCAGCAAAUCCUCACAUGGUGAAGUGACCCAGCAGAAGAAAAAAUAAAGAGUUACACCCCCGCAUCACAGAGGGGGUCCAAAAGCAAGCCGACACGAUGGUAGAUGAUGAUGCAGCAGGCAGCGGGGACAACUCACAGGAGGAGACGGACUUGAAGGUACCUGCAUGUGAAGACAGCGUGCGACUGGAAGACGGAGACGUAGUUAUGGAUCCGCCGCCCUCUGGAGACCCCUCGGAGGGAACUACGGAGCCCAGGAAGUGGAAGUGGGCUGUGAUAUUUCUGUGUUUUUAUGGGUUCAUGGCAGCGGUAAGACCGGGAGAGCCCUUCAUUACGCCGUAUCUGCUCAGCCCUGAGAAGAACUUCACCAGGGAACAGGUGACCAAUGAGAUCACUCCUGUGCUGACGUACUCCUACAUGGUCGUGCUGGUGCCGGCCUUCCUGCUGACCGACCUCCUGCGCUACAAGCCGGUCCUGGUCAUGCAGGGCCUCAGCCAGGUGGUCAUCUGGAUCAUCCUGCUCCUGGGCAGUAGCCUCAUCCAGAUGCAGUUCAUGGAGUUCUUCUACGGCAUCACCAUGGCGUGCCGCGUGGCCUACUCCUCCUACAUCUUCUCCCUGGUCAGCCCUUCCCUCUAUCAGCGUGUGGCCGGGUACUCGCGCUCCUCUGUGCUCCUCGGGGUGUUCUCCAGCUCAGUCCUGGGACAGGUCUGCUCUUUCGGCAACAUCAGCUUCUACACCCUCAACGCCAUAUCUUUGGGCUUCGUCAGCUUCGGCCUGCUGCUCUCGCUGUGUCUCCCGUGGCCUAAACGCUCCCUGUUUUUCAACCGGAAUCAGGAGCAGAAGAAGCUGGCAGCGGCCAACAAAUCCGAACUGGCCAAAAUGAACCCCAAAGAGAGCGGCGCGUCUUCCCCGGCUGCUCGCCUGUGCUCGUCGUCGCGUUGGCGGGACUCCGUGUUGGUGCAGAUGCUGGCGGAGCUGAGGAACGUGGUGAAGAUGCCCAACCUGAGGCUGUGGUCUCUGUGGUGGAUAUUUAACUCCACGGGCUACUACCUGGUGCUGUUCUACGUUCACAUCCUGUGGAACAAAGUCUACGCGACAAACGAGACCAAGCACAUUUACAACGGGGCCGUGGAGGCAGCGUCUACCCUGCUGAGUGCCAUAACUUCCUUUGCCGCGGGCUACGCGAAGAUUCGCUGGAACGUCUGGUCUGAGCUCACCAUCGGCAUCAUCACGGCGGUGCAGGCCGCCCUGCUGCUCCUCAUGGGCACCACGGACAAUAUCUGGAUCUGCUACAUGGCCUACGUCCUCUUCAGAGGCUUCUACCAGUUCCUGGUGCCCAUCGCCACUUUCCAGAUUGCCUCGUCUCUCACAAAGGAGCUCUGCGCCCUCGUGUUUGGCAUCAACACUUUCCUGGGGACCAUCCUGAAGAGCGUCAUCAACCUGAUAUUUUCUGACAAGAGAGGCCUCGGUCUGGACGUGCAAGCUCAGUUCAUGGUGUACUUUGUCUACUUCACCAUCCUCACCGUCGUCUACUUCGUCUGCGCCGCUGUGGUCAUCACCCGUCACUUCAGGAACCAGCCUAAAGAAGGGGGCGGGGCCAACCAACAGGUCCCAACCGGCACGCCCACCGAGCUAUGUCCUGUGGCUACAAAUUCAGAGGCGGAGUGUCUGUCCAACGGCUCAAGUGCCAAAGCGUAACAACAACAGGAUGGGAAGUUUUCUCAUCGUCACUAGAUCCCAGAGAUCCUCAGACUCAAUUAUUUGAACUGUGUGAUGAGAAAGACGGAGAGAGUUGUCCUCGAUCUUUAAAGUACCUCUUCUGCUACCUAAAGCUGCUGCACUACAGUCAGACAAGCUGCAGGCGUCUUGUGUCUGACAUUCUGGGAGAGUUUGUCUAUCAGAAUUGAUUUUCUGCAAAAAUUCUCCUUUUAUACUGCAUAUAAAAACAAGAAAACUGCUUUUAUAUCACCUUAAACAAGUGAGAGAGAGAGAGAGAGAGAGAGCGCUUCUGUAAGGUCAGAACUGAGUUCUUCUUUUUUACAAACACGGGGAGUUUGCAGCUUUAUGUGCCGAGCUGUUUCAUGGACACUCUUAAGGUUCAUGCGUACCUCAUGAUCACUCAUUAUUAUUAUUAUUAUUACCAGUCUGCAUAUUCAGCCUGACACUCCUGUUGUACCUGAUGUUACAGCUCCCUGAUUCUAUAUUAAGUGCCAUUUAAAAUGAGAGGUGGACCACGUCUGUUUAAUUGUGUCUUUAGGUUUAGUUUUCCCAGCACUGAUAAUCAGACAUGACAGAUACUUUUUGUGUUGGGAGUAUUUAAAACCUGUUAACUGCAGAUUGAAUGCAGUGUGAUUUCAUUUUGUCAGUGAUUAAACGUCGCUGUAACGCUGCUCUUUGUAAUUUAAAAGCAGCAGCUUCAAUAUGUUUGAUAUUCUUAUUCGAUGCUGAAUGUGUAGAGAUGUAUGUUUGUAACAAAUAUACACUGAAAUUGAGCAUUCUUUUAAAUCCACAUCACUUAUUUAAGUAGUUACAAGUGUGUGAAGUUUCUUUCCAGUGUUAAAUUUUUUACAGCCUACGAGCAAGAACAGACGAGCCCAGCUGCUAAUCAAUCUGAUGUCCCUGACUUUGAAGAAAAGUCGUCAAUCCAGCACAUAGAAGGGCUCGGACUCAAAGAGUGGAGGUACUUGCUUCAUUUAAAAACUACAGGAAACAUUUUGUCUCGGUGAAAAUAGGAACACAGUGUUACUUGAUGCAACAACAGUGCACACGUUCAGUUUCUUUUUUGUCGUUUUGCUGCUAGAAAAACAAAACGAGGGCCACAGAUUUUGACUUUGGAGGAUCUUUCUUACAGUAGUCUGGACUUGGAUUGUUCUUACAUCGAGAAUGUAAACAUAUUUUUUUUUUUUUAAACUUUGAUUGAAAUAUUCACUGACAAAUGAAAAAUGUAAACCUGUCUGUAUGCUGUACAAAGACAAUAGACUUGACUUUAAUCAGAUGUUUAUUUUUUAUUCACAAAUAAAUUACAUUUGAUGACUUAA